AUGUCUCUUUCUGGAAAGUUGCUGAUUUUCGCUUCUUUAUUCAUACCCUCCAUAUCCGGGGUCAAUCUUUACGUCGCAGAGACCACUGGCGCUCUUUCAACCCUCAGUCUCGUCAAUUCGGGAAACACCUUCAGUCUAACCAACACUUCUUCGAGUUUUGAGUGCUCUAGUAAUCCUUCAUGGCUUACUCUUGAUGCCCCAAACCGAAUUCUCUAUUGCAUCGAUCGGGGUAUCGAUCCCACUGCAAAUAGAACCGGGGAUACAAAUGGAUCAAUCAACUCUUUCGUGGUAGGAGCUCAAGGGAAUUUGACACGCGUUAGCAGAGUUUUGGCUCCUUUGUCUGGCGUCCAUGCGUCUAUCUUCGGAGCCCCGGGUCAGAAGCGAGGACUCGCUAGCGUUUCUUUGUAAGUACACAAACACCAUGACUUGAUGACAGACAUUUCUAUACUCCAGGGAUGGCCUCAAUUGCUAACAUUUCCGGCAGUAACAAGAGUGCAAUCGCUAUCUACCCACUUGGCGAAGCUGGAACGGUCGAAGAAGCAGUGCAAACAUUCAAGCCCACGAUCGAAGCACCAGGUAUAAACCCGCGACAGGACGAUUCCUAUCUCCAUCAAGUAAUCCUUGAUCCCCAAAACAAAUUCCUCAUUAUGUGUGAUCUCGGUGGAGAUCGCAUUCGUGUUUACUCGUGGGACCAGGCCGCAUUGGCCCCAAUCAAGGAGCUGGAACCAUUAAGGACCGGCCCAGGAGUUGGCCCUCGCCACGGGGUUUUCUGGACUUCUCCAACUGGUGCUGUUUUCCUCAUGUUUGUUGGCGAAAUUGAUCAGAACGUGUAUUCCUAUUCAGUGGCCUAUGGGGCUGAAGGCUUGACCUUUACAAAGGUCUGUUCGAUCACAGCAUUGGGGCCUGGAAAUGAGAAGCCACCAGGAACAACUCCAACAUCAGGAAUCGCACUUACGGUUGGUUUUCGUCUCCUUUGCUUUAAUACAACAUAGACUAACUCACGAAUUUAGCCUGAUAACAGAUUCAUCGUUGUCUCAAACCGUGAAAUUUCAUUCCGAGACUCGCCUAAUUUGAGGUCUAAAGAUUCCGAUACUCUCUCCACAUUCACAAUCAAACCCGACGGAUCUCUGGAAUUGCUCCAACUCGCUCCAUCUGGAGGAUACUCCCCUCGUCAUUUCUCUAUAAACGCAGAUGGAUCCUUCCUCGCUGUGGGACAUCAGGGCAACAGGUCCGUUACAAUCUGGCAGAGAGAUGUUGCCACUGGCAAGAUUAUUACCGAAAAACCUGCCGCAAAGGUCCAGUUGUCGGGGGCUAUCAGCUGUACUAUCUGGGAUGAGGACGCGCCCACCUCGUUAAGUGGGUAGAGGAAAUUAGAACUGG